AUGUCAACUACAACUGGCGCAUUUAUCGCCGGCGGCAUUGCCGCGUGCGGUGCUGUGACCGCGACACAUCCUUUCGAGACGGUGAAGGUACGAUUACAGCUGCAAGGAGAGCUCCAGGCCAAAGCUAUUGCGGAGAGGAAAUAUACAGGCGUGCUUCAAGGUGUUCGAGUCAUCACAAAGAAUGAGGGUCUAAGAGGCAUAUACCGCGGUAUUGGAUGCGCGUACAUCUACCAGAUCUUGUUAAACGGCUGCCGGCUGGGCUUCUACGAACCUUUACGAGCUUCUGCAACCAAACUCGUCUUCAAGGACCCCAACGUUCAGUCAUUGGGCGUUAACAUCUUCUCCGGCGCAGCAUCAGGCAUCCUUGGAGCAAUGGCUGGCAGCCCCUUCUUUCUCGUCAAGACACGGCUACAGUCGUACUCACCGUUCCUCGCUGUUGGAACGCAACACAACUACAAAAAUGCAUUCGACGGCCUGCGGCAGAUUCGGAAGAGCGAGGGUGUGCGCGGCCUCUAUCGUGGCAUGGGAGCGUCAAUGGUCCGGACGGGUGCUGGCAGCUCGGUGCAGCUGCCCACAUAUUUCUUCGCCAAACGAAGACUGAUCAAGCACGCUGGUAUGACGGACGGUCCAGCUUUACACCUGCUGAGCAGUACUGCGAGUGGCUUUGUGGUCUGCUUAGUUAUGCACCCCCCAGACACCAUGAUGAACCGGCUGUAUAACCAGCACGGCAAUCUCUAUAAGGGAAUAUUCGAUUGUUUAUACAAGACGGUGAAGACUGAGGGAGUCCUGGCCUUGUACAAAGGUGUCGGAGCUCAUCUAGCCCGAAUUCUGCCACACACGAUCCUGACCUUGUCAUUGGCCGAGCAAACCAAUAAGCUUGUCAGAGUCUUCGAGAACAAGAUCUUACCGGAAGCAAUCAAAGAGAGCAUAUGA